AUGUCUGUGAAUCAUUCAAUGCAUGCUGAGAGUUGGACAAAGCUAACUUUGACUGAGUUGAAGGACUUGUGUGUAGCUUGUGACCUCUCCGUAGAGAGUAAUAAAGAAGAGCUAGGUGAAAGACUACAUGCUUAUUUUGACAAGAGAAAAGAUAAAGAGCCGGAGGUGCAGUUGAAAGAGAGUAAUAGAGGACAAGAACCGGGGCCCAGGAAUGCUUAUGAUAGGAUAGGAGAAGUAGUAGAUGUGAACUUGGAUGAAGAUAGAGGUGGAAAAGAGAAAGUAAAGUCAGUUCUUGUUGAUGUUUUUCUGACUGCUUUAAGUAGUAUUAAAAGAAAGAUGGAUAGGAAUUUCUCUGCAUUGUAUAAGGAGAUUGAAGAUGGAAAUGUGUUAGAUGAAGCUUGGCUGAAAGUUAAAUUAUCAAGACCACGUAACCAGCAUAAGUACGAUUUUUUGGCAAAGAUUGGUAAAUAUUUGGAUAAGGCAAUCAGGGUGUUGCCAGAGUCUAAUAGAAAGGAAAUUGUUGGUGUGUAUAAGGAAGUUGAGUCAAGGGCUAUUACUCUGAGAUUAGCAAAUAACAGAGGAUGGGGUACUGCAUUGCAGAUUGUAGGAAGUAAUGAUAAGAUGAUAGAGAAGUACAAGGACCAUAUACCUUUAUUUAGCCAGGCAGAGCAAUCUUCAUGCUCAUAUGAAUGGGAUUAUAGAAAAAAAGCUCGAAA